CUCCCAAUAUGAUGAAACACGGAAGAUGCAAUUUUGAUGCAUUGUGCACAUCAGAUCUCUCAAUCAAUCAUUAAAAAAUUUAAGGGUUUGAUAGAUCACAUGAAAAAGAAGCAAAAAAAGUGAAACUUGAUUUUCAAUGGCAUCAGGUGAAAUACCAGAAGGAAGUGUGCAAAAUGUACUGGAUCAACAGAGUUUGAAAUGGGUAUUUGUUGGUGGCAAAGGAGGUGUUGGAAAAACAACAUGCAGCUCAAUUAUAUCAAUUCUUUUGUCCAGGGUUAGGUCCUCUGUUUUGAUCAUAUCUACUGAUCCUGCUCAUAAUCUCAGUGAUGCUUUUCAACAGAGAUUUACUAAGACCCCCAAUCUUGUUAAUGGCUUCACCAAUUUAUAUGCCAUGGAGGUAGAUCCUACUGUGGAGCAUGAGGAUGAAGUAGAGCUGGAUGGAAUGGAUGGUUUUAUAUCUGAUUUAUCAAAUGCAAUUCCUGGAAUCGAUGAGGCUAUGAGUUUUGGCGAGAUGCUGAAAUUGGUGCAAACAAUGGACUACUCUAUAAUAGUAUUUGAUACAGCUCCCACUGGUCAUACUCUCCGGCUGUUGCAAUUUCCUACAACAUUGGAAAAGGGUCUUGGGCAGUUGAUGAGCUUAAAGAAUAAAUUUGGCGGGAUGUUAGGUCAGAUGACUCGUCUGUUUGGCGUGGGUGAUGAAUUUGGCGAGGAUGCAAUUCUUGGAAGGAUUGAGGGCAUGAAGGAUAUAAUUCAACAAGUGAACAAACAAUUUAGGGAUCCAGAUUUGACAACUUUUGUCUGUAUAUGCAUUCCGGAGUUCCUCUCUCUAUAUGAAACAGAAAGACUGGUGCAAGAACUCAGUAAAUUUGAGAUAGAUACACAUAAUAUUAUCAUCAAUCAAGUACUUUUUGAUGACGAAGUUGUUGAGUCGAAGCUGCUAAAUGCUAGAAUGAAGAUGCAACAGAAGUACCUCGAUCAAUUCUACAUGUUAUAUGAUGACUUCCAUAUUACUAAGUUGCCAUUGCUGCCAGAAGAGGUCUGUGGUGUUGAUGCUCUGAAAAAUUUCUCUCGCAAUUUUUUAUCAGCAUACAAACCUGCCGUUACUAGAGGCACUGUCGAAGAGCUGGAAGGGAGAGUAUCAACACUAGCACAACAGUUGAAAGACGCUGAAGCAGAACUAGAAAAACGAAAGAAAGGGUAACAAUAGGAAAAAUUUCAAGAAGAGUUUCGUCAAUCUUUCUAUAGGCCAAUGACAAAGUCUGCAGAGAUUUAGCUUUCACAGGACUUCCGAUGAUUUGAUUUAUAAUUCGAUUCAUUUAUGACUAACCACUCAUUUUAUUUCUAUGCAAAGGUUUUGAUACUUA